AUGUCUUUAAGAGCCAAGCAACCCGCCACCAAUGACGAUGACGCCACCACCCCGGAACCACCACCACCAUCCGCCUCCCAACGAGCAAUCUCUCAGACACUAACGACCACCGCUAAUCUAGCCAAACUCCUCCCAACCGGCACCCUCUUGGCCUUCCAACUCCUUACCCCCAUCUUCACCAACAACGGCUCCUGCGACUCUGCCACCCGCCCCUUAACCGCCAUCCUCCUCCUCCUCUUAGCCACCUCCGCCUUCCUUUCCUGUUUCACCGAUAGUUUCAAGUCAGCCGAUGGCCAGCUCUACUACGGAUUCGCAACUUUAAAAGGGAUGUGGCUCUUUGAUUACUACGAUCCGAAGAAUGUCGUUGAUUUAAGAAAGUACCGGCUGAGGCUUAUCGAUUGGGUGCACGCAGUCCUCACGGUACUGGUUCUCGCAGCAGUGGCAUUGAGGGAUCGGAAUGUGGUCAGUUGCUUCUAUCCUACGCCCGACCAUGAAGCUCAGGAGGUUUUGGACAUCAUUCCUAUCGGCAUCGGUCUCAUUUGCAGCAUGUUAUUCGUUGUUUUUCCCACCCGACGGCACGGGAUCGGCCACCCGGCUACCCAUGAUAACACCGAUUGAUCGAUCUUUGAAAUCUAUGCACAAAAAGACAAGGUUUUUGCUACCAUUUCCUGUCACUUGUAACUAGCCAUCGUAUAUGUAUGUGUGUAUGUGUAUAUAUAUAUAUGUGCAUGUUUAUGAACAUUAUUUACAAGAUCUCUUUGUUUUUUUGUUUUGCACAACAAAAUUAAACAAACCCACAAAAUUCUAAGGUAAGAUUUUAGGGUAAAAAGUGCACAAACGUUUA